AAGGUCGCAUCUGGUCCUGUCGCGCUGCCGCAGCGGUAUUUGGGCUCAGAGACCGUCGUCGUUAACCACUACGCUGGCACUGAGAAGCUAAUUCCCGCGAUCCCUGGGUUUCGAACGAGUGCGGGUAUGUUUUUCUUUGUUCCACCUGGACUCGACUUCGAGGUGGUCGCGUGCGGGCGCUGCGGCUGAGGCGGCACCACAACAACCUCGAGGGACAAAAUUCUGGCGUGUACCAUUGGGCUCGCAAGUGCUAAUCGUCUUGUUGCAGCAUUUCUCACGAGCCUGAGUGCGAAUCUGCGCAUCGAUCCCGACCUGCCUUCGCCUCUAGGAACGCCCAUCCACUUCCGCACCAGCAGCCAACACCCUUUUCUCCCCCCGCCGUCACCGCUGGCCUUUUCCACCGUCUCGCAAUCGCAGUACUCCAUUCUCUCACCAGACACCGCCGUCAUGUCGACCGAGUCCGUUUCUGUUCCCGCCGCGGCGCCUACCGAUGGCCUGCCCCAACUCCGCACGUACACGGCAACCACCGAGGACGACCGCGUCGAUGGCCUCCGCCUGAUUGCCGACUCCGUCGCCCAGCAGCGUCAGAUCGCGAGCAAGAUGCUCAUCUUCCACCCGCUGCACCUCGCUGGCUUCGCACUCUUCAUCGCUAUCCUCUUGCAGCGCUUCUGGAAGACGAACGACGACCUGUACAUGCUGGGCCCGACCAUUGGUGGCAUCGUCAUGGCAUGUCUCGUGGCGGUGAGGUGGGCUACCGGGCGUUAUCUCACGUAUGCUGAGGAGACCAACUGGGACUGGCUGGGCGAUGACCGCAUGAUUGUCGUCCGUUGGGGCGAGGAAAUCAUCGGGGCGCUUGUGCUGGGCUGGGCCGACGAAGCUGCGAAGAAGAAGCAAGGACGCAGGAAGCGUGGCAAGGCCAUUGUGCGUGCGUGGACUGUGCGCUUGAAGUACAGGGGCAAGGGCGUUGGCGAGGGACUUCUGGAGGAGGCUGUCAAGGUUGCGGGAGAGCGGGGUGCGGACGGGAUUGUCUUCGAGAGGGACCAUGCGAAUUCCAAGCGCAUUCUUCCCAGCUUUUACAACAGCUUCAUGGACCAGCAGGAGGCCAAGGCUGAGAAGGCUCUCGAGAAGGUUGCUGAUGAGAAGGGCAACUUUCGCCAGCGACGUUCAUCUCCUACCUGGGGUAGCAGAUGAUUCCACUCACUCCGCCAUUUCAAGUAUCUACAGCGCUUGUCUCAUUCGGUGCCGGGCUUGUUUUU